ACAGGACACAAUUUUUGACAGGCUAAUGGUCGAGGAUCUUUGGAGAUUUCAGGGCAGGCAGAUCAUGCCUCAGCCGGCAUUCUUCGUGCGAAGGUAGAGUGUUGGAAGAUGGUGGAUCCCGUUUUCAGCACAUCCCGGCGACAAUUGCGGGGGGGCAGGCAGAUUUAUCCGCCUGCCUACAUACGGGAGCUGGCAUAUCUUAUGUAUUUGGGAUUGGAGAUCCGGGACCGGAAAGUGCCCAAGUCCAAGGUGGUGUUGCCGUCCUGUUUCAUUGGCGGAGAGGCGGUUUCAUGGCUGCACAUCAAGGGACAUGCCGCGUCUCGGGCUGAGGCGCUGAGGCUGGGGGACGAGAUGAUUGCCCUGGGCCUGGUGCAAACGUUGGCAGACGUGAAGACAGAGCGCCUCGAGCGGCCUCGGGCGGGGCCCGGCGGGAGAUCGAGCGGGAAGCACCCCCUCCCCUCCAUGCACGACUCCUACCGCCUCUACCACUUUACCUGCGACGUGGAGGACGCGGCCUGCGAGGGCCUGGGCCUGCCGCUGCCUUCCCCGUCCUCCCUACGCUUCCCGCCCCUC